ACAGCUGCUAUGGAGAGAAAACGAAUAAAUCUUUGAUCGGUGCACACGGCCAGCCUUUAACCUGCUUCAUGAUCGGUUGGGCAUACAAUCAUUAACAUGCAUUGCACAGUUUGCCGGAUCCCCACCUACUCCCAAGGCUCCGGAACACCCUGAGGACCCCGUGACCCAGAUGGGAUCCGAUCCACACGUUUCUCAUCUCACCCUCCCCGCAUGGUUUCCACCGUGUGGGUCAUGUGAUUGCCUGCUGUCUGUGCCCAGCCCCGGCCAGCCGCGAGCAAGAAAGAAGAGCAUCCUUCAGCUGGGCACUUACAGACGGGAUGUGCACCUGUCGAGUGAACAGUCUGCAGCCAAACCAGGCCAAAACACGCCGGUGAAAUAGACCCCAUAACGCCAUACAGGCUGCGUGUGGUGAUGGGUACACUUCGGGACCUCCAGUUUGCCUUGCAACUAAAGAUUGAGGAGCUUCGCCAGAGGGACACGCUGAUAGAUGAGCUGGAGCUUGAGCUGGACACGAAGGAUGAACUCAUCCGGAGGCUGCAGGAAGAACUAGACCGCUACAGAACCACUGUCUCCCUCCCAGGAGCCUCUGCAGUCAGUGCAUGUCAAACUGAUGACAACAAGAGACCCAGAAGGCAGACGGUGAUUUGUGAGCCCCUCACUCUGGACCCAGUGACUCUCGCCUUGGUUUCACAGAGAAGCUGUGACAAAAGCCACGAGUCCCAGAGGCUGAUUCGGGCAUCAUUUCUGAGAAACGACUUGCUGAAGCACCUUGAUGAAGGAGAAAUCAGAGCCAUCAUCGCCUGCAUGCAUUCCACCACCAUCAAUCAAGGCUGCUAUGUUAUUCAGGAGGGGACCGCUGGGGCUCAGGCUUACGUUUUGGAAGAAGGGAGGCUGGAAAUGAUGAAAGAUGGACUGAAGCUGCUCACAGUUGAACCAGAAGACUUGUUUGGAGAGCUAGCGCUCCUUUACAACUGCACCCACACCUACUCUGUGUCAGCACGAACGGACAGCAGGCUGUGGGUUGUGGAUCGCAACAGCUACCAGACCAUACUCAUGCAGAGUGGUCUCAAGCACCUUUCCCAUUCAGUGGAGCUUCUUAGCAGCAUUCCCUUCCUCCAGUCGCUCCCAGCAGAUGUCCUCAUGAAAAUGUCGGAUCUCAUGGAAGAGGUACACUUGAAGUUAUUUAACUGUGAAGCACACUGGUGUAUCCAGCUAAUGGAUGAGACACAUUACGCCGACGGCGACUACAUCAUUCGACAAGGGGCCACAGGAGACACUUUUUAUAUCAUCAGCAAAGGCCAGGUGAAAGUGACUGAAAAGGGGCAAGAGCAGGAAGAACAGGUAGUUCUUUCUAAGCUCUCUGAGAGACAGUGGUUUGGAGAAAAGGCUCUGUGGGGAGAGGACAUUCGGACUGUGAGUGUGAUAGCUGCUGGAGAAGUUACGUGCCUGGUAAUAGACAGAGACACCUUUAAGAGCAUCAUUGAUGGGUUGGCACCUGAUUGCAGUCAAGAGGAGCAACAAAACGAUGAACCUGAAGUCGACUCAGAUGUGGAUCCUGUCCUCCUGUCUACUUCCACCUUAAGUGAUUUCCAGAUUAUCUGCUCUUUGGGGGUCGGGGAGUUUGGUCACGUAGACCUGGUGCAACUGAAGAGCAAGACAAAGUGUCCUUUUGCCAUGAGGGUCCUCAAGAAGAAGCUGAUUGUCAGCAGUGGCCAACAAGAGCACAUCCGGAGAGAAAGCCACAUCCUAAUGGAGACCCACUGUUCGUUUAUAGUCAGGCUGCACAAAACCUUUAAAGAUGCAGAGCAUCUGUACGUUUUGACAGAAGCUUGUCUUGGUGGAGAUUUAUCUAAUCUACUCAAAGACAAAGGAUAUUUGGAUGAAUGGAGCACCAGGUUCUACACAGCUUGUGUUGUAAAGGCCUUGUCCUUUCUGCACUGUCAUGGUGUCAUCUAUAGGGACCUCAAGCCUGAACAUGUUCUUCUGGAUGAGCACGGUUAUGCCAAGCUGGUUGGCUCCAGGUGUCUAAAGAAGGUUGAGGUGGGUAAGAAAACAUGGACGUUUUGUGGUACGCUGGGCUACAUGGCACCUGAAAUCAUCUCAAACAAAGGCCACAACAUGUGUGCAGACUUGUGGUCGCUGGGUGUUUUUGUGUUUGAACUUCUGAGUGGUAGGCUCCCAUUCAGCCAUUCUGACCCGCUGAAAAUUCUCACUGCAACAAUUCGUGGCAUCGACCAGGUCGACUUCCCAAAAACCAUCAGCAGAAGUGCCUCCAGUCUCAUAAAGAAACUGUGCAGGAGCAAUCCCUCAGAGAGACUGGGCAGUCAGAGAAAUGGGGCCAGGGACAUUCAGAAACACAAAUGGUUUGAAGGAUUCAACUGGGACGGACUUUGUGAAAGGACAUUAACAGCCCCGGUUAUUCCCAAAGUAAGGCGAAUCCAAUACUGGCUGUUGGUCUUUACAGCUUUUCAUGUUAGAGUCCGUUUUUUUUCCUGUCUUUUUCAGGUCAAGCAUUCUUUGGGAAGCGGGUCGUUUGGUGUUUAUGCCGAGGACUCGGUGGAGCCGUGCACAGACUGGGAUGAUUUCUGAGGGAUUUCUAUGAACCGGAAAUAAAAUCCUGUCAGACACUACUUCAGGUUUAGUCUCCAUGAAUAAUUGACUACCCACAGACUUACUGCCAUUAAGAAUUUAUUACAGUUUAAGACAAAAAAUAUUUUCCGCUGUAACACUUGAUGCAGCUUUUGUUUGAUAAGUGAAUCAUGCUGCCUGCUGUGCUAAGCCAAGACUGUUUUUUUCUGUGUAUCUGCAUAAAACCUUUACACAUUUCCAAACAUAGCCUAUAACUGGAGUCACAUCGAAUCCAAUAAACAAUAAAUAAACAGAUCCAAUAAACAAA